CAUUCUGUUAAAUUUCGAUUUGAAACGACAAAGCCCCCAGAUUCGCACUGACUUUCCAUUCUGGGGAAGGUGGUAUUAGUGUGGUGGUUUGGUUUCCAAAAUUCUUGGUUGUUACACUUGGCUGCUCUUUUUUUAUGAUGGAUUUUCUAACCAAUCACAUUAUAUUUCCACUGGUUUUCUUCCAUAGUUGAAAUGAUUUCAGUUUUCAUCCGUGGAACUGAAUGGGAUCACAAGAGAGCAUCACCAUCAUAUAAUCAGAGAUGAUUGUUUCAUUUUCAUCCCAUGACAGCUAGCAAAGUUUUCACUAGAGAGAGAGAGAGAGCGAGAUCUGCUCAGAGGACAAGAGAACUGUCGAAUUCAUAAGCACCAAUGGCUAGUGGAUGUGGAUCGCUUCUGAUCUGGUAUUAGUUUAAAGUAUUUGUUUUCUUAACCAACUUCAUAAAUUAUACGAAGUAGCUGUCGUCUGAGAAAAAUCCGGUGAAAGAUUGUGGGUAUUGAUUCCAAGGCACAUGUAGUAGUGAUUAAUUUAAUAGAGGGGAGGAAAGAUCCUACACAGAGCUCUUUGUUUGAUUCAUUCAUCAUCAUCAUCAUCAGGCAACAAUGUCUAGUGGAUUGCUUCUCUUCUGGUUUUUGAUCUCCUCUUUGUCAACUUCAUCAUCAUUAAAAGAUACAAGUUUUGUCUUCAACGGCUUCGGACAAGCGAAUCUUUCCCUCGACGGCUCUGCCACGUUGCUUCGCAGUGGAUUACUACAGCUAGCCGAAGUUUCCAAUCAUCAAAUGGGCCACGCUUUCACCAAGAACCCGAUCGAGUUCAGCUCCUCCAAACCGCUCUCAUUCUCAACACACUUCGUCUGCGCUAUAGUGCCCAAGCCAGGAGUCGAGAGCGGCCACGGCAUCACCUUUGUGAUAUCUCCUUCGGUGGAUUUCACUCGCGCGCAGCCGAACCGGUACUUGGGGAUCUUCAACGGCUCCACCACCGGAUCCAACUCCUCUCGCCUCUUCGCCGUCGAGCUGGACACUAUCUUGAACUCGGAGUUCCGUGAGACUGACCAUAACCACGUCGGGAUCGACGUGAACAGUCCCAUCUCGGUCCAAUCAGCACCGGCUUCUUACUUCUCCGAGACACAGCAGAGGAACGUGAGCGUUAACCUCUCUAGCGGAGACUCUAUACAGGUUUGGGUUGAUUACAAUGGAGGUGUGCUCAACGUCACCGUGGCUCCUCUUGAUGUCAAGAAGCCGAGUCAGCCUCUUCUGUCACGUGCCAUCGAUCUCUCGGAAGUGUUUCAGAGUAGAAGACUGUUCGCUGGGUUCUCCGCGGCGACGGGGUCAGCGAUCAGCUACCAUUAUCUUCUCGGGUGGAGUUUCAGCGCAGGCGGGGAGGUGUUGCAGCCGCUUGACAUCUUGAAGCUUCCUCGAGUUCGUCGUCCCAGCGUUAAGCGUAAGAAACCGUAUGGUCUGAUCGUCGGUGUUCCCGCCGCAGUUGGUGUCCUAGUGAUAGCUGCUCUGGCGGGAGUUUGUUACCACAGGAAGAGAAAGUACGCGGAAGUGAGCGAGCCGUGGGAGAAGGAGUACGGCACGCACCGUUUCUCGUACAAAUCUUUGUACGUAGCGACGAGAGGGUUCCACAAGGAUGGGUUUCUCGGGAGAGGUGGGUUUGGAGUGGUGUACAGAGGAGAUCUCCCCGAGAGCAAACCUAUAGCUGUGAAGAGAGUCUCUCACGACGGGGAGGAAGGGAUGAAGCAGUUCGUGGCCGAGGUCGUGAGCAUGAGGAGUCUGAAACACAGGAACCUCGUUCCGCUUCUUGGGUACUGCAGGAGGAAAGGAGAGCUCCUGCUUGUCUCCGAGUACAUGCCCAACGGUAGUCUCGACCAGCACUUGUUCGGUGAUGAUGAUGAGAGUCUUGUUCUUUCUUGGUCGCAGAGGCUGGUGAUUCUCAGAGGUAUAGCCUCUGCGCUUUUCUAUCUCCACACCGGAGCUGAGCAGGUCGUGCUGCAUCGAGAUAUCAAAGCUUCCAACGUUAUGUUGGACGCUGAGCUGAACGGGAGGCUGGGAGAUUUUGGUAUGGCUAGGUUUCAUGACCACGGAGGCAACGCGGCCACGACAGCGGCGGUUGGUACCGUGGGGUACAUGGCGCCUGAGCUGAUAACGAUGGGAGCUUCCGUAGUGACCGAUGUUUACGCGUUUGGUGUUUUUAUGCUCGAAGUAGCGUGUGGGAGGAAGCCCGUGGAGUUUGGGAUGGAAGCUGAGAAACGGUUUCUGAUCAAAUGGGUUUGUGAAUGCUGGAAGAGAGAUUGUUUGCUCGAUGCUAGAGAUUCGAGAUUCGGAGGUGAGUUUGUGCCCGAGGAAGUCGAGUUGGUUAUGAAAAUCGGGUUGCUAUGUACAAACAUCGUGCCGGAAUCAAGACCGACGAUGGAACAAGUGGUUCUGUACUUAAACGAGAACCUGCCGUUGCCGGAUUUCUCGCCAUAUACGCUCGGGAUCGGGUCGUUUACUCCAGUGGUGGUGGAUGCAGCCUCGCUUACGGGUACAUUCACUUCGAGGAACUGGUCAGGUCCUGCGGUGUCUUCUUCAUCAGCCAACAACACAAGAGAAUAUGAACAAGUACCAUCGGAAUCUAAGAAGUCUCUAAAGGUAGUUGCAGAAGCAGAAGACAUCGAGGCUGGUCUCUCCAAGCCAACCAGUGGCAUGGAUUUGAACACAUAGGGUGCUCUGAGUGUAUCUCAUUGAGAGUUCAUUCGCUUAGGAUACUCAUGUAUAACUUGUGAAUGUUUCCACUUCAGGUCUUCUUCAUUGUAUUUCAGCAUAUGUUUUUUUUUUUAAAAGACUUGUUACUGAUCGGUGACUAUUGUUUUUUUUUCUCCACUCAAUGUACAUUUCUUCUUUUU